AAAAGCAUUCGCAAUGCUGGCUUGAAAACGGCAAACAGAAUUACAAAAGAAAGUCAAUUUGUUGGGUUUUUCAAUACAGCAAACGAAUGAGAAAGUGAAAGAUGUGCCGUCGCGGUAUUUACAAAUUUAUGCGAGACAUACGGUUGCCAAACAGCCAAGCAGCCUAUUUACAUAUAAUUUAUUUUUGCAUUAACAGAAAAAAUACACAUACACACAAAAAUUGUUAAGGCAAACGAAAUCGAAUCGCAAUUAGUCGAAAGUGGAACGAUUUUCAGUGUUGAAUGGUGCAUGGCGAUUCACGUGUGCGAGUAUACGAAGAGGCAACUGCAACUGCAACAGCAACAACGCAGAAUUUUUACAACAUAGACGUUCCUGCAGCAUCUGAGUUCUACUUAUAAAUAUGCGGUAUGUCAUUGGAGCAGCUGUACUUCUACUUUGCUAUGGCCUUGGCUUGGCUGCUGAUUGUGAAUUUGGAGCGCAUCAGUUUAAUGUUGGCGAAACCUUUCAAAAUCCUGGCGAAUGCGCUGUAUACCAUUGCGAUGCCGAAAACAGCAUCUCAGCAAAAACCUGCGCAGAGUCUGUGCCGCCACCGAAUUGUGCGGUCAUACCACAGGAUAAUUCAAAACCGUAUCCCGAUUGCUGCAAGCGUCAUGAGUGCUAAAUAAAAUUAGUUUUAGUAUUAAAAAUAAAAUUAAAAAUAUAAUAAAUACGAAUUUUUAGUGUAUCUUAUCA